CCCGCGGCCCUGAGGCGGCCCGGGCCCGGCGGGAGCAGCCGGGCUAUGCCGAGCAGGCCGCCUCGCCAGUUUGAAAGUACCUCUGCGCUCCCGACCGCGCUCCCUAAAUGGUUGUCGCUUCCCACCUCCCACGGAGGGAUGAGUUAGGCUGGAGCUGGCGCCGACGCGGGUCCCCGCGCAGAGCCCUCGGUAAGCCAAGAGAGAGCUGCUCCCUGGGUUGCAUCCUGUGUCACUCACAAGUGUGAGCACGUCGCAGCCAGCACGGAGAAGAUCCUCCUGCCCUCUUCAAGGCACUUGCCUCUGCCUCCUGUUCCUUUGUCCAAAAGAAGGAAAAGCCAGACCAAAUCAGUCCCUAAAGAACCUGUGCUGGUCUAAGGAGGAGGCUCUGGAGUCCCUUCACCACUUUUCUUCCCAGGAUCCUGGCUGUGGGCUGGAUUUUCUGGUCUCAGCUUGAGGGGAUCAUUUACAGGGAAUCAGGAUCUCAGAAUCUUUGUGUCUUGCUUUUACUUGAACCCUUUCAUCCGGGAAGCUGAAGCUAUCACUGCUAAAAUCCCAUUUUUUUCCCCAAGCAUGUCAGAAAGCUGGCAGCAGCAACAGCAGCAACCACAGCAGCCGCCGCCACCGCAGCAGCACCACGCUGGGGCAGCCGCCCUCCCAGAGCACUCCAUCCCUCCCAGCACUGCUGACAACCCCCUGGGCUGUGCCGUGUACGGCAUCCUGCUCCAGCCAGACCCUGGACUGCAGCACCACCAGCACGCCCCCAUCCAGGCUGGAGAGCCGUCCCACAAGUGCGGUGUGUGUGGCCAUGACCUCGCCCACCUCUCCAACCCCCACGAGCACCAGUGCUUGCCAAGCCAUGACCGCUCUUUCCAGUGUACCCAGUGCCUGAAGAUCUUCCACCAGGCCACCGACCUCCUCGAACACCAGUGUAUCCAGGUGGAGCAGAAGCCCUUCGUGUGUGGGGUUUGCAAGAUGGGUUUCUCCCUCCUGACCUCGCUGGCGCAGCACCACAACGUCCACAACGGCAACACCAUGAAGUGCUCCAUCUGUGAGAAGACCUACAAGCCUCCCGAGGUAGAGCAUCCGCAGCCUCUCGACCCCUCGGAGAAGCCCUACAGCUGCUCCAUCUGUCAGAAAACCUUCAAGCACCUCUCAGAGCUGUCCCGGCACGAGCGCAUCCACACGGGCGAGAAGCCGUACAAGUGCACGCUGUGUGACAAGAGCUUCAGCCAGUCCUCCCACCUGGUGCACCACAAACGGACGCACAGCUCCGAGCGGCCCUACAAGUGCACGGUGUGCGAGAAGACCUUCAAGCACCGCUCCCACCUGGUGCGCCACAUGUACGCCCACUCGGGGGAGCACCUCUUCAAGUGCAACGUCUGCGAGCUGCACUUCAAGGAGUCCUCGGAGCUGCUGCAGCACCCCUGCACGCCCAGCGGGGAGCGGCCCUUCCGCUGCGGGGAGUGCCAGAAGGCCUUCAAGCGCCCCUCGGACCUGCGGCAGCACGAGCGCACGCACAGCGAGGAGCGGCCCUUCAAGUGCGACCUGUGCCAGAUGAGCUUCAAGCAGCAGUACGCGCUCAUGCGCCACCGCCGCACGCACAAGACUGAGGAGCGCUUCAAGUGCAACCUGUGCGAGAAGGGCUUCGUGCAGCCCUCGCACCUGGUGUACCACCAGCACGUGCACGGCAUAGAGAACCUCUUCAAGUGCAACGUGUGCCAGAAAGGCUUCAACCAGUCCUCGGAACUGCUGCGGCACAAGUGCGUGCAGAACGCGGAGCGGCCCUUCAAGUGCGCGGUGUGCAACAAGUCCUACAAGCGGGCCUCGGCUCUGCAGAAGCACCAGCUGGCCCACUGCGCCGAGAAGCCGCUCAAGUGCACGCUCUGCGAGAGACGUUUCUUCUCCUCCUCGGAGUUCGUGCAGCACCGCUGCGACCCGGCCCGCGAGAAGCCCCUCAAGUGCCCCGACUGCGAGAAGCGGUUCAAGUACGCGUCGGACCUGCAGCGGCACCGGCGCGUGCACACGGGCGAGAAGCCCUACAAGUGCUCCUCCUGCGAGAAGGCCUUCAAGCAGCGCGAGCACCUCAACAAGCACCACAGCGUGCACGCCCGCGAGCAGCAGUACAAGUGCAUGUGGUGCGGGGAGAGGUUCCUGGACCUGGGCCUGCUGCAGGAGCACAGCGUGCAGCACACGGCCGAGGGUGCCUACCAGGUGGCCGCCUGCUUGCCGUGAGCCUCCCGCCCCACCCCGGCUUUCAGCUUGCAUGGGACGCUCCCAAGCCUCGGCCUUCCCUCUCCAACCUCCAGGGAGUGUGGGGGAAAGGGGGGGCACGGCGUGUGGGCAGGUAAACUUUCCUCUGGCCUCAGAUAUGCCACCUGUAUGGAAGUAGCAACAGACGACGUGGACAUCUCAAAGGGGUGGAAAGGAAAGGAGGGAGGUGGAGGGAGGAAGCUGUGCCUGUAGAUGCCUGGUGUUCCCUGGACUGUAGUUUGUGCUGUACCUGCAGUUCCAGUCCUGGGAGCUCAGCUGUCUGUUGCAGGCACCAGCUCUUUGCGUGCAGCCUUUUUCCCCUGUCCUGCCUGGCAGGGUUGGUGGGGAGGAUUGGGUGACUCUCCUUCUGGAGAGGCUUUAGGAGCAAGGCAGAGGCAGCCCUCCCUUCUCCCAGGGAGUGCUGCUUGGCAUAGAGAUGGCAGGUUUCUGCUGCUGGGGUCUCCCAAUUUGGUCCAGGCUCAGUUGAGGGCAUCAUUUCAGAUCAUUAGUGUUGAUUGACUGCCCCAACCUCCCCUGCUCUCUCUCCUUCUAGAGUGUUGAAAGGGAAAAGCCAUGGGGCUCCACAGCUCCAAAAAGCACUUUGGCAUUGCUGCUUUUGCAGUGCCUGGCUGUCACACUCUGCAGGGGUCUGAGUGGGCCUGCCUGCCCCCUGUCCCUGCCAGCUGCACAGGGAGCUGUAGGAAGCUGCCACCAGAAAGCAUGGCAAGGAGCACUGGGACAGUAUGCCUGGGGGGAGAUCAUGGAUUCUCCCUUUCUGGAGACAUUCAAAACCCACCUGGACAAAUUUCUGUGUAACCUGCUUUAGGUGACCCUAACUUAGCAGGGGGGUUGGACUAGAUAAUCUCCAAAGGUCCUUCCAGCCCUAACAGUUCCUUGGUUCUGUUACAGCAUUCAUUCCCUGCUCCCAACCAAAAGCCUGCCAUUCCAGAGCUGCUUCCCAAGGCACUUCCCCUCUCCUGCCUUGCCUCCAGCCCCUGAGCACCCUUGGGCUGACUGUGGUACCUCCAGCAGGGUCAGGCAAGGGCUGUCACAGCUCCAACACUAAGGGGUGAGAUGAACACUACAAUAACCUACAGCUGCAGAGGUGUUGCCAUGGCCAGCAUAACCCACAGCAUGUGCCAGGGGCUUGGUGUCUGAUUUGCUGGAGGAACCAGAGUGAGUCAGGAGAAUCCUUUAUGGCCUGCAGGCUCAGCUCCUUGGGGAGGGCAAAGUUAGCAGUGGGUAAAGGAGAAGUCUAUUUUUCCCCUCUUGCAGGAGUCCUGUUUUACCCCUUUGCCCUUUCUUUACCUCGUCUGUAUUCUUCAGGUUUUGCACACUUCUUGUAAACAUCACUUCAAAAUAAAUCUCCCCUAGCAAGGUU